AUGGGCGAUUGCGAGAGCGCAGGCUGCGCGAUCAGAGACUAUGCGAGCGGUACGAAAUGGACCGCACACCGCCGUGUUUUGAUUGUCAGUGCCAGUGUUUUUGGACCCGACUUGGUUGGCGUGCUUGCGGUCGGUGCAGGGCACGGAAUGUCUGCGCUUGCGUGCUUGAGCAGACUUGCAAAGCUGAGCAGCUUUUCAGGAGAGCCUGAAAUGCAAAACAAACACUGCCAUGUCGACAGCCACGCAGGGGCCAGCUGUUGCCGCUUGGCUGGGCAGUUUGACGCCUCGCAGUGCCCUUGCCAGGCCAUGCGUGUUUGA